AUGCUUGCUCUACGUCACACUAUAUACCAAUGUAUUCCACCACUCGCCAACCACUCCCCCACACGCUUUGGCCUUGCUUCAAAAACGUCUCUCUUCUUUCACUCGCUCUCUCUCUGUCUAAUUUUCCCGAUAUUUUGGGCCCCUUCUGUAAAAGGCAUUUUGCCAGUACGUAAAGACAGGACACUCUGCAUACUGACAACAAGAACCAACUCAAAUCAGGGCAAGCCUAGUUGGAAACCCGUGGCAAAACGGCGGAAGGCUCAGCGGGAAAACAUGCUGAGAAAUAAUAACUCCAACGAUAAGGCGGGCUCCUCCUCGUCUGCCAGUGGCAGCGGCAGUGGCGGCGGCGGACUCUUCUCAAACAUCAAGAGACUCGCGAAACAGUCCUCCUCCGCAUCGAGCAGCAAAGCAGCACUCGCAAGGGCCCAGCAGCCAGAGGCACCGGGGGUACCCAAACCGCUCAGUAAGAAGGCUACCAUGAACUCGCAGAACCUGUCGCACUACACGAGCGGCGUCAGUGCAACAAGCAGCGAUGGGGAUGGUGGUAUGGCGUCACCGGAAUAUACACACUCGCGCACGCAAUCGGGACAGACGUCUCGCUUCUCGUAUACUUCCCCCUCGAGGAGGUCCUCCUCGGAUGCGAAACUGGCUAAAUACCACACGGCACAGUCCUCACAGAACAGUAUAGCGUCGCAGGGGUCCCUCUCAACGUUGUACAACAGGUUUAUCUCACCAGAGGACGGGAAAUUGCGUCUAGAAAUGCCAGAUGACCCGGCAGAAGUCGAAUUGCUCUACGAGGAUAUCAUGUACAAGAGGAAUAUCUUGCAGAACUUACCAACGGAUAAACAACUCGAACUGAUGAAUUACGACGUCAAGAAGAAAUGGCUCAUCGUGAAACAGGACCUUCAAAACGAACGGAAAAAACUGAAGACAAAGACAUCGUCUCAUCAGCAGACUGUGCAGAGUGCACCCUUCAUGAACCUUCAGGACACUUCUUCUUCAGCUUCACUCCCAGGUCAGGGAUUUCACGACCAACAAUCUGUCGUCUCGGAGACAUCGUCAAGGGUACCAACAACAAAUGACGCUGCAUCGAUACUUAGCUCAGCGACACCAUCCUUGAGACACCCGUCAAGGAGGAAACAACAGUACACUUUAACAAACAAGCAACACACGGUGUAUCCUGCCAAUGGUACGGCAGAACGGCAUGCAAGCUCAUCAAGUACCCUAGCCUCAGAUAAAACGAACAGACUCCCCAUACACUACGUGAAGAAAAUUAUAGCGGACCAACUCUCCCAAGACGAACUCAAUGAUUUGUGGGUCACCCUCAGAACAGAGCAACUCGACUGGGUGGACGCCUUCCUCGAUAACCAGGGUCACAUCGCAAUGGCUAACGUACUUAUGAAAUCGCUGUACAAGACAUCCCCAAACGUUAGCCUCUCGGGGCCACUCCUUGACAAAGAACAGUCGUACUUCAAAUGCUUCAAAGUGUUGUCCAUGCUCGCACAGGGGCUCAGAGAGUUCACAGAUCACAGACUUAUCACAGACACAAUCGCAAGGGGGCUCUUCUCCUCGCGGCUGCCCACCAGGAAAAUGGCAACUGAGAUAUUCGUGUGCAUGCUCGAAACUAAAAAUCAAACGAGGUUCGACGCAGUCAUCACCUCGCUGGAUCAGAACUUCCAAAUAGGAAGCAACGCGCACAUGGUCAAUAACCUCCAAAAGAUGCCAGAUUAUUUCAUACACCUCAACUUGCAGUCCACGCUUAAAGUGGUCCAAGCAUGGUUGUUUGCCAUCGACCAAACACUCGACGGAAGAGGUAAGAUGGGUUCCCUCGUCGGCGCAUCGGACGAGUUCAAGAGGAUUGACGGGGAAAACUCGGUGCUAGAGUACUGCCAGUGGACACUCGUCUUCGUCAAUAAGUUCUGCCAGUCCUCAAAUAACCUUAACCAAAGGAUGCUCCUCCGGACAAAACUGGAGAACGCAGGGUUCCUCCGCAUCAUGAACAAGAUGAAGCUGCUCGACUACGAAAAGAUUCGCGACCAGAUCGAGUUCUACGAAGCGGGGAAACUCGACGAUUUCAACUCUCUACUUGAGUCCCAGAACAAACACGCAAACAUCGACAUGCAAAACCCACUCUCCCUGUUGCAGAACCUAUGGGACGCUUGCAGGGGUACAGACAGCGAAAACUUGCUCGUCAGCCUCGUCCAGCACCUCUUCCUCUCCAGCACGCGGCUGAUACAGAACAACAAGGACCCGACGCAACUCGCCAAACAGCUGAAAUUGAUAGACUCCCUGGUCACCAAUGUAGGGUCCUCUGUCUCCGCUGUUGCUGACGAGGAAACAACCAUGAGCAUGACCAUACAGAGGCUCUUCGACUCUAUGCAGACAGACGAGGUCGCACGGCGUGCCAUCAUCGAAAGCAGAACUUUGACAAAGAAAAUGGAGGAACUGCAGGCGGAGAAGGACAGACUGGGGGAUAAGUUGAGUAAAGCGGAGGGAGGGCUUGUCGGAGAGUUACAGCGCGAUAUCAGGGAACGAGAUGCCAUCCUUGCAAAGAACCAAAGAGUCAACAAACAGCUGGAGAACGAACUCGAGGAGUUGAAGAGGAAAACGUUGAUGGAGAAACACGAGCACGAGGUCGAACUUAGAAAGAUGCUUACCAUCAUCAACUCUAAGGCAUCUCCAAACCUUGCCCAAAAUCCAUCCGCCAGCGUUCUCAAAUCGCAUGACCCAAAGAAUAAAGAAAGCUUGUUGUCUGAGCAACAAUCAAAGAUCCAAAAAGUGUUGCAGGAUGGUCUAACCCGUACGAAAAAGGACUUCACAAACGAUGCGAAGAAGUUCGGCAUGACCGUUCAACCUAACAAAAGACUGCAACUUUUGCGAAUGAAGGUAGAGGACAUAGAAAAUGAAGCAAGACAACUUGAGAUGACAAACUUCGCCGAUAUUGAAAAGAAUGCAACACCUGUAAUUCUUACAAAAGGUACCAAGAAGAAAAAGAGUAAGAAGAAGUUGAAGACCGCACAGCCAGAUAAGAAGCAGAGAGCCAACCAACGCAAUGAAAAUCAAAAGAUAGAAGCUCUAAAUAAGCUGCGUAUGGCGCUCACUGCGAUUCAGUCAGAGUCCAACGAUAUUUCGAAGUUCAACGUGGAAGAACAUGUCAACGAACUAUUCACGGAAAGAAAGUUCAAGGCACUGCAAAGAUUGAGAGACCUGGAAAGCAAAUUUAACGGCUUGAACACGAACUUCAAUAUAGACGAUAUCAUUGCAUCUACAGAAAAGGCACUUACUGCAACGGAUGACGGAUACUCAUUGGAUCCCAGAAGGGCGGAUAACAAAUUAGAUGAAAUAGAGCGUCUGACAAAUGACUUAUCUAAGUUGCACGAUAGCAUGAAAGAGCAAGAGCAGGCCACGCUACAGUCGGAUAAUUCAUCUGAGUCAUCGGAUUCAGAAUCUGUAGAAUCAGAUAAUGAAGGUUCCACUGUCCAAAGUGAUGUUUCUGAACCCACAGUUGGCUCUGGGUCGUUUUUGGCAAGCUUGUCGCAAAAGUACGAAACGGGCCAGAAGCAGCCUAACAGCCCGGUGACUGUAAACCAGAAAGCGUUUAUGACACGUUUAAAGAGAUCAUCUGGUGCUCCAUUAUACUUACAAGAAUUGAGCAAGAAAAUUCCGCAGAGACCAGCGUUUGAUGAAUCUGUGGAUAAAGUCACAUUGCGGAAAAGCACAGGUGACAGCAACGCUAAUUCGGACGGAACCACUGCAAAAUCACUGGAUAAAGACGGAGAUGACAAUACAGAACAAUCUACACCGGAGGGUGCAGAGUCCAUAAUCUCCUCGAAUGGAGAAACUUCGACUCCUGAAGGCAGCGCCGAUGUUGCCGGUUCUGUGCCUGCUCCUCCUCCACCACCUCCACCACCUCCAAUGCCCUCACUACUCACGGAAAAUAAGUCCAAUUCAUCAAGUCCCGCUCCGCCACCUCCACCACCGCCUCCUCCAAUGACUGAAGGUAUCGUUUCCCGUUCUUCUAGUUCUGGUGCGAUACCGCCCCCACCUCCUCCUCCACAGGCUACCUCGGCAAAGAAUUCCCCUAUUCCAUCUCCACUAUUUUCUCAGUCGUCUAUAUUCGAAAAAUAUCCACGUCCACAGAAGAAACUGAAACAGUUGCAUUGGGAGAAACUGGAUUCCACCAAUAAUUCUAUCUGGAGUGCUAGUAAAGCUGAGAAGUUUGCCGACGAUUUGUACGAAAAGGGUGUUUUGUCCAAUUUGGAGAAAGCGUUUGCUGCAAGAGAAGUAAAAUCAUUGAGCUCCAAGAAGGGUGAUGAUUCCAAAAUUACGUUCUUGACCCGCGAUGUCUCGCAGCAGUUCGGAAUCAACUUACACAUGUUUGGUAACUUGUCCGUUGAGGAGCUGGUAACAAAAAUCUUGAAGUGUGAUAGAGAAGUUUUGAACUCGCCAAGCGUCAUUGAAUUCCUUUCCAAGCAGGAGGUUGUCGAGGUAUCGGUCAAUCUAGCAAGAAAUUACUCUCCUUAUUCGACCGAUUGGGAAGGUGUGAAACGUAUAGAGGACGCGAAAGCCCCCGAAAAAGAUCCAAACGAGCUACAAAGGGCAGACCAACUUUAUAUGUCACUAAUGGUUAACUUACAACCGUACUGGUCUUCUCGUAUGAGAGCUUUGAAAGUAAUUACAACGUACGAAAGGGAAUAUGCAGAACUUCUAGAAAAGCUAAGGAAAGUUGACAAAGCUGUGGGUUCAUUACAGCAGUCAGAGAACUUGAAGAAUGUUCUGAACGUCAUUCUCGCUGUUGGUAACUACAUGAACGAUACUUCAAAGCAAGCUCAAGGUUUCAAGUUAGCGACUCUGCAAAGAUUAACUUUUAUCAAGGACACCACAAACAGCAUGACAUUUCUCAACUAUGUUGAAAAGAUUGUCAGGAAGAACUACCCAACUUUCAACGAUUUUUUGAAUGAACUACAACCUGUUCUUGACGUUGUAAAAAUUUCCAUUGACCAAUUGGUUUCCGAUUGUCAGGAAUUUAGUGGCAGCGUUGUUAAUGUUGAGAGGUCUAUUGAAAUAGGUAACUUGAGUGAUUCGUCCAAGUUUCAUCCAUCUGAUAGGGUGCUUGUGAAAGUCCUGCCCGUUUUACCUGAGGCUCGAAAAAAGGCUGAUUUACUAACCGAUGAAGUCAAAUUGACCAUGCUCGAAUUCAAUAAUUUGAUGCAAACGUAUGGGGAAGAUUCGGCCGAUAAGUUUGCCAAAAACUCGUUUUUUAAGAAAUUUGCAGACUUUAUCCAGGAGUACAAGAAGGCGCAAGUACAAAACGUUGCUGCUGAAGAGGAGGAACAACAGUACGAACGACAUAAGAAAAUAGUUGAAGAACAACAGCGUCAAGGAGAAGAAGCCCGUAAGCGGCUGGAGAGUGCUUCGCCGGAUGCCACUAACGGAGAGGACACCACUGCUGUUGACGAUGAAACAAAGGAUAGACGUGCGAUCAUGGAUAAAUUGUUGGAACAGUUAAAAAAUGCAGGCACGGUGAAAGCGGACCCAUCCUCAGCCCGGAAAAGGGCACUGGCGAGAAGGAAGCUGCUUGGGGAUAAGGACGCAGCCAGUGCCUUAUUGCAUGAUAUCGACACGGACGAUGAUUCUCUAGUUUACUCUCCGGAUACCAAGAGACAGUCUGUAGGCCAUCUGAUUGGUGGGUCGCCUACCCCAGGUGACAAACUCUUGGGGAGCACACCUACAAAAGAGUUAUCCUCUCCGACUGCUGGGCAGGAUGAUGAGGAUGUCACGGAUAGAGCCAAGGCCCUGUUGAUGGAACUACGUGGCGGACAGUCUUCUCCUAUGAAGAAGAAUGCCUUCUUGGACGAACAGCGGGAAAGAAUAAGGUCUAGGAGAAGAAGAAACGAACUCGCGGGCACAGAACCCCUCCGCGGGGGGAACAAACUGAGUUUCUUCGAAGCCGAAACGGAAACGAGCGAGACAGCCCACGACGCAGAUAACGACACAACGAAAGGGCAGACCGCGGAUGCAUCAGAUAAUCUUGACUCAAACGACCAAUUGGAAAAUCCGUCUAUCAUAGAGGAUGCAGACAAAUAG